CCAUGCUGCCUGUCCCCAGGCUACAGGCACCGCGCCUUCUUGGGGCUAAGGAUACCAGAGAGAGAAAGUAAAAGCGAAACAACGUCCCCUUGCCAGCCAGACUGACACAGAGCUCAGAUCCGGGGCAGACCGAGCAGAGCGACCACCGCCCCCUGGCUGGAUCGGCCGCGGGCCAUGGCGUGGGCAGGGGCCUCCGCUGGGCAGCGGUGCCUGCCGCUCCUGGCUCUCGGCGGCCUGCUCCAGCUGGCAGAAACUCUUCAAGUGCUGAUGGGAAGCAUGCCACAAAUAGUGUUACUGAAUGAUAACAUCUCCAUACCAUGCACGAUCUCUGGGUACAGUACAGAAGAACUGGAUAUCAAGAAUGUGGGAGUUACCUGGUAUCUUAAGACUCCGAGAGCAGACCAAAAAGAGGAAGUAUUCACAUUUCUCACAGGAGACCAUAUUCCCCAUAGAAAUGGAGCCAGUAUGUCUGACAGUGACCUGAGAAGAGGAAAUGCUGCACUCUCUCUACCACAGAUACAGUUUAAGGAAGCAGGAACAUAUACCUGCCAAGUUACUGUCACCCCUUUUGGUGCUCAGGGAACAGCUGUUUUAGAGGUAGUUGCUCAACCAACUGUCAGCCUGUCUCCAAAGGAAGUUACAAUAGAAAGUGACAAGGAGAAGACUCUGUCAUGUGAAGUCAAUAAGUUCUAUCCAAAUUUGGUUGACAUUAAGUGGAUGAUGAUUUCAAAGAAUAACCAGGACAGUAGCAUAGCAGCAGAGGAUAUUUGCACAGGAGCCUUUGUAGAAAAUGAAGAUGGCACAUUUAAUGUCACUAGUAAAUUAAGGCUGCAACCGUCUUUGCAAGAUAAUGGAAAUGUCUAUAGAUGUAUUGUGAGUCACAAAACAUUUCCUGCCGAGUUACUUCUCAGUAGCACCUUGACUGUCACAGCCCCCAGGUCCGAUUCAAGCAUUUUAAUUGGAGCAGUCGCUGGAACAAUAAUAGCCUGUAUUAUUGUGCUUGGUUUGGGAGUUUUCGUGUACGAUAAGUAUUUUAAGAAAAUUCCACCAACAAUAAUUACAUUCGUAGGGGAUGUGGAAAUGAAGCAUUCAGAAGACACUUCUUUGUAUUGUCAAUUUUCUGGCUUUCGUCCAAAACCUAUAACUGUAGAUUUUUUUCUGAAAAAGUAUCAACAAGAACAAAAGGAGAGAAUUUACUAUUGGAACAGUGAAAAGGAUGUCAUCGAACGAGAUAAGGAAAGUGCUGCUCUCCUGUCUACGUCAAAGAAUUUUCAGUUUCAGAUAUAUUUGAAGUCACUAGAUAAUGGCACUUUUGAAGUUCCAUGCAUCAUUCGUAUAUCUCCAAAUGUUCAUGAGCUAAACAAGGCAGAACUUUCUCUUGAAAUUAUGCACGAGGCCCUUCAGCAACGUCCUGCUAUGGCAAAAACAGAACUGAAGGUCAUAGCUGUGCCAGUGUUGGAUCCAAUCCUGUGUUCAACAGAUGUGCCGAGACCAGAUGAGCCUAUAACUUUGACUUGCAGAAUUCAUUCUUUUUUCCCUGAAACAAUUGAAUUGACUUGGUAUAAAGAUGAUAUUCAAGUGCCAGAGAAACCCUUCAUUAGUGAUGUCACAAGUGGACCAGAUGGACUUUUCUUCUGCACCAGUAGCUUAAUAUUAUAUCUUGGAGUUGAGGACAUUGGAAGGAGAUUCAUAUGCAAAGCUAAACUUAAAGGCUCACACCAAUAUAAAGAAUCUUCUUGGAAGCUGGAAAAUUUGAUAUUUACUCCAAAAGUCUCAAAUAUUGUAUGUGAGCCCAGUACCCCUGAGAGUGGGGAGGCUGUCACAUUAUCUUGCCAGGUGACAGAUUACUACCCAGCACAGUGUCAGGUGCGCUGGAUGAGAGGCUUUGAAGAACUCACCAAGGCUGCAAUUAAAACCCCGGACCCUCAGCUUGAUAAUGCAACAAAUCUGUACCACAGAGAAAGCCAGGUGACAUUUACACCUGAACCUGAAGACCAUGCAGUAGAGUUCACUAUUGAAGUCAGACAUUGCAACAGAACUACAAAGAAGUCCUAUCCCCUCAUGUUAAAAGGUUUCCCAAGAAUUACGAGUAUUGUUCUUAGUCCAAAUAAUGCAGAGUAUGGAAAACCCCUUUCUCUGACCUGCAAAAUCAUGGAUUUCUAUCCCAACGCUAUUCAAGUCCGGUGGUUCCAGGAGAACGAUGAAAUCAGGAAGGGUUCAUCAGUACAAGCGCCAAAGCAGGAUACAAGAGGCCUUUUCUGCACAUCUUCUGCUCUUCAGCUAAUACCUUCUGCUCAAGAUUAUGGCAGAAAGAUUGGUGUAAUGGUGAUGCACAAGACUCUGACAAAGCCCAUUACAAAAAAUGUGUAUCUAAAACUCCCAGCAAAGUCUCCUGCUGUUUCUGAGAUUAGAGCAACACCUGCAUCACCCAAGGUCAACGAGACUGUCUGUCUUGAAGUUUCCAUAUCAGAUUUUGUGCCGAAAAAUAUAAAAGUUGCAUGGUAUAAAGACUGGUUAGAGUUACCUAAGGACAACCAUAACAUAGAUACUCAACUUGGAAAAAAUGGUUUAUGUUUCUCUACAUUGAAAACACAAUUUACUGCUAAUGCAUGUGAUAAUGGAAAAAUGUUCAGAUGUGAGGUAAUUCACCCAGAAACAAACUCCUGCACAGAGAAAAGGUUUAUAUUGAAACUUGAUGAUUUUUCUACCAGCACUGGAGAUAUAUCCACUCUGACUGGAUAUCAGAACCACACAUUGAGCCCUAGACCCAUCAAUCAAGAGAUUAACACCCUGAAGAUAGAGUGCAUUACUAGCAACCCAAAGGCUGGUGAGGAUGUGACACUUCACUGUUUUGUACGUGGAUGGACUACAGAGAGUACCUAUGUUUCUUGGUUUAAGGGAAAAUACCCCAUUGAAGAUGGAAUAGAGAACACAAACUGUGAGGAUAAGUCUGGUUUUAUUACUUCUGUAACUUUUAAACCUGAAGAACAGGACAAAGAAAGCAAGAUCAGAUGUGAGGUUUCUACCGAAGAGGACUCCUUUGAGGAUUCAUAUAUUUUAAAACUUGCAUAAUCUCCCUUCAGUGAAGAAUAUAGCCAUCAAACAGCAACUCUAUUUCAGUGCUUCAAGGGUUCAGUGAACAGUUACCUCAUUUUAAAAAAAAGCAUCUUUCAGGAAUUAAAACUUUAUCAACGUAUACAAAUACACUACUCAGGAGAACCAGAGUUUGAGGAAAAUAUGGACUGUUUGGGACCCAAGUUCUUCUGCAGGACUGAAGUAUUCUAGACCCCCUUUUCCCCAUCUCAAGUAUUUUUAACUUUGAUUUCUUGGCCAGAGACUGUAAUUAUCCUAUGAUAAAAGAAAAAAGGAAAAUAGUUUUAACACCAACAGAACGAAUCCUUAAUUAAAAUGCAUAUUCACCAAGACUUGGAAAAAUUAUGAAUUUUUUUUAAACUUUAUUAGUAUCUUGGACGGUUUUUAUUGUAGCAAUAGGGAAACAUAGUCUGGGAGUGAAAUUGAAGGAAAUCUCUUGGCUAUAACUGAAGGGCAACUACUUCUAUGUUCAUUCCAGCAUAAAGAUACUUUCAUUGUAUGAUGUAAAUUACCCAGAAAGAGAGGUGUAAACUUCCACAAAUUCUUGAAAAUAUUCCUUUAUAUUGUCUUAAAAUAGAGAAGGUGUUGAUACUAUAUUUGAAGAAAUUAAGGAACUCUGGAAAUGUGUUUGUGACUUGAUUUUUAGUGGUGCCGAGCACACACUGCUUUCAUUGAUUUCUGUCCUGAAUUUAACGGGUGAGCAAGAUUGGAAAUCAGUCUUUUUAAAGAUUUUGUAUAUUGUAUUUUGUAUGUUCAAAAUCACGAAUAACUUCAGUGGGCACUGCGAGAGUUUAGCCCUUUGAAAAUCAGCCUAUUAUUGUUCUUAGAUUUAUGAAACCUUUCAGAAGACCACCUGACGUACAGUUUUCGCUGCUAGUAUUCUAAAGGAAAACUAACUCAGAUGGAUGUUACACACUUUUUGUUCCUGCAUCUGCUUUUUUACCACACAUAUUUAUGGUGCUAAAUUGUAAUAUGAAACACAGUGAUAAUGCUUUAAAGUCUGCAAAAUAACACACUGUAUGAAAUGGUGGAAAAAAGUCCUCGCAGGGUGAUUUCUUACAAAUGCUCAUGAUGCCACCAGAAUAUUUUGGAUUGCAAAGGGGCUGGUGAAAAGUUUUAGCCCCAGGUUCCAGGGCUACAAAGUGAAGUUGAAUAGUUUUAGCUUGCAUAUACUGUUAAAGAGUCACACUACCUUUCAAGCACCGUGUAUGCUAAGCAGAAAUACACUAAAAUAGGAAAUAAUUUAAAUAAAAAAUGUAUUUUUCCACCCCAAUGAUCCCAUAAAAUGGAACAGACCAAAAAUCACGAGAGAACCUUAAGAGCACUCAAGCUUGUCUAAAUAUAGAAGUUUAGCAUAACAUGCAUCUUUGAAGUAAAAUAUAACCUUUAUGCCAGUGCUGAAUUACUCAGGAUGGGUUCCAGAGAACCCUCAAGAGGAGAAAACUUCUGUGUGGACACACAGCAGUUCUUGUGAAUUCCAGGACAGUUCUAACAGAGGAAUGUUUACAGUCAUAGGUAAAUUCAAGAUAAGAUUUUGCCUCUUCCUUAUGAUUUCUAGGUACCUAUGGUGAAUUCUGCAGGAUUCAGACAAUUAUUUUAUGCUAAAUUAUUCACCAUUAAUGCAAUUAUUGAUGUUAAUCCUACAAAGUGUAUAAAUGUUACCAAUCAGGGUUUUGAUUUUUUGACAUUCCCUAGGAAAAUCAACUGUCAUUUUUGCUGGGCAAGUCACAAACCACUGACCUCUUCCUGAGCCCUUAUCAUCUACAUCCCACCUGAGAAAUUUGCUAAUCUUGCCCCUACUCUUUUCAUCACCAGACAUCCAUUAUCUCCUCUCUAUCCCUUUGCCUUUGGCUCUAUUUUCCCACUCACAGGUUUCCAACCCCAAUUAAGAGGAAGAACAUAAAAAGAGCUAGGUACUCACUAGCUGAAAGAAAGAGGGGGAGUUGCAGCUGGUAACUGUUAAGGACAAAAUUGCUCUGUUGGGAUGGAGCUGGCACUUGCUCCCAGAUUGAAAGGGCCAGCUUGUGACACAGGAACCUCUUGAUGCCACCUGGCAGAAAGGCAUAGAUAGUGCAUGGCGCCUUAUAGGGAUCUCCUGGGUCAGUUAUAUGCAUAAUAAUUCAUAAAGGGUGGCAUGUGAGAUAUCUGUUAAGAGUCAUAAACCCUCAGCUCAUCAUAACCAUUUCAAAAUGUAUGUAAAGAUAAUAUUAUAAGAAGUAUGUUCUUAUACUGGAAAUUAUGUUCUUAAGGUCUGUGAGUUAAAGCAGGUCACUAUGAGGUGAUAAACAUGUUUCUUUCAGACAGGCUGGAGACACUUAUCUAUCUGUCUGGUUGUAUGCGAAGUGAAUAUUGUAGACUUCACAAUGGAUGCCUAUUUGCAUACUAAGCAACCAGAUAAUCAAAGAUUAAGAAAUUAACAAGAGAUCAUAAAAUCUACAGGAAGGAGCAUACAGCCAGAUGGUGUCUGGUUUAGGAAUAAAGAUCAAAGGGCUCUUUUGAUAUAUCUGGGGUUGCAAAGGCACACUCUAGUAUCUUUCACCUAGGAUGGAAGCUGACAGUGGGCUUGCUUCAUGAAUGAAAGAUCCCAACCAGGCAUCUGCAAUACACUGGAAGGAUCUUGGGUGAGUUUUUGCUCUUAUGACAUAAUAAUGGUCUAUUAGUUAAGUUCAGGAUCUAGUAUGUGUGUUAUGCUUUUAUUUGAUCUGUAACCAUUUGUUAAUAUUGCUGCUUGCUAUCGUUUGAAUUUCUGGUCUUGGUUCAAUAAAAUUAUACUUGCUUUCCCUAUAAA